UCUCCUAUGGAUGAAAUGUCUAGCUUUUGCCCCAGGCAUUUCUUCAGAAAAUGCAGCCUCCAGCUUUGGAGCUAGGCAGCCUCUGGCAGGUGCAGCUGCUGACUGAGAUCUUGAGAAACCUCGGGACUACACUGCCUCAUCCUCCCACUCAGUUCUGCUGCCCACGGCCCUGCCUUCAUUUGCAGCCCCAUAAAGGCCAGGCAGCAGGUAGCUGGGCUCAGCUACUCCCUUGGUCCUUCACCUUUGGAGUUUUCUCUGCUGCCUCCAUCAGAACCCCAUGGCCAUGACACAGCUGCUUCUGCUCAUCGUGGCUCUCCUGGUCCUGGGCCACGUGCCACCAGGGAGAACUGAAUUCAAACGGUGCUGGAAGGGCCAAGGGACCUGCCGGACGUACUGUACAAAACAAGAAUCCUUCAUCCACCUGUGCCCGGAUGCGUCCCUGUGCUGUCUCUCCUACAUGUUCCGGCCCUCGCGUCCCCCCAUGCCUGACAAUGAGUAGCUGCUUCUGGACCGAGCACCCUUGCUCGCCAAUGAAAUACAGGCUGCCAAAUUGCUUUUUGUUCAGCUCUCCUCUGCACAGGGAUGGGAACAAA